AUGGAAGAAAUCGGACACAUCUUGGACCAGUUCACGGACUCUUCGACGGGGUCAUUACAUGGUGCAGUUUUUGUUGUAGUUGACAGCUCUGGAACUGUAAUCUACGACCGAACAAGUGGAAAAGCAUCUUUCGAUGAAGCCAAUCCUAGGGCCCCUCAAUUGGACUCUCUUUGCUGGGUUGCAUCAAUGACAAAGCUUGUCACUGCAGUCGCCCUGAUGCAACUUGUAGAGCGAGGAACUCUAUCACUUGACGACGACGCUAGAGACUACGUUCCGGAGCUGAAAGACAUUCAAAUUUUACAAGAUAUUGGAAGUGAGAAAGAUACCCCAUCAAGCACAUCCCCACCAAAUUUAGUCCCGGUUCGAGGAAAGAUCACCAUCCGAGACCUUUUAUGUCACACAGCUGGCUUCGUGUACGACAGCUCUUCUCCUUUACUACAAAAAUGGUCAAAACUCCACGGGCGCACAGCGCAUACCUUUUGCGGAAGCAUAGCGGGAUAUACGCACCCGCUCAUAUUCGAGCCCGGUACCUCCUGGGCCUAUGGAGCAGGUCUAGACUGGGCCGGCCGAGUGGUUGAAUGCGUGUCCAAAUCCUCUCUCGAAGACUACAUGAAAACCAAUAUCUGGUCCAAAAUAGGCGCAAUCUCCACAACCUUCCACCCAGAGCUAAAUCGCGGCACCCUCCCCAUGCCACUUGAAAUGGGAUAUCGCGUCGGUGUCGGCCAGGGAUCGAAAUCCGUAAAAGCAGGCCGCAUUAUCCUCGACCAGCCAGCGAAGGAUGAACUUGGGGGUAUCGGUCUCUUCAGCACGCCGUCGGAUUUCGUCAAGCUCCUGACUGCGCUUCUCCGAGGUGGAGGUCCAUUAUUAAGUCAGAAAGGCGUCGAUACGCUUUUUCGGCCUCAGUUAAGCGAGGCGUCUCGUGUUGCGAUGCCCAGGCCUCUUGGGUUGCAAAUGAGGAAGGUCUUGGGGAUUAAUGACAUUGCUGAUAUUAAGCAGGCGGAUCAUUCUCUUGGUGGGACCAUUACUCUCCGGGAUAUUCCUGGUCGUCGACGGGCUGGUACCGUUAAUUGGAGUGGACUGCCAAAUCUACACUGGUGGAUUGAUCGAAAAGCAGGGAUUGCGGCAGCUCUCUUUACACAACUCAUGCCACCGGGAGAUGCGGCAGUCACAUCUCUUCUAAUUGAUCUAGAAAAGGCUGUUUACAAGUCUCUGGACACUCUUAUCAAGAGUUCAGUGACAGGCGCAAAGCUAUAA